AGAAAUAUCCAAACUUCACUCCUAUUUAAAUCCCACACUUUGUCACAUCAAACUCAAAUCAAACCAAAAAAAAAGGCCAAGAAUCAAGAAAUCAAGAAAUCAAGAAAGCAAACACAACAGCUAAAGAUGGAUUUUGGAAGGUUUCCAAUAUUCUCAAUCCUCGAAGACAUGCUCGAAGUCCCUGAAGAACAAACCGAGAAGACCCGUAACAACCCUUCAAGAGCUUACAUGCGAGAUGCAAAGGCAAUGGCUGCUACACCAGCUGACGUCAUUGAGCACCCUGACGCGUAUGUUUUCGUCGUGGACAUGCCUGGAAUCAAAGGAGAUGAGAUUCAGGUUCAGAUUGAGAGCGAGAACGUUCUUGUGGUGAGUGGAAAAAGACAGAGAGAGAGCAAAGAGAACGAAGGUGUGAAGUUUGUGAGGAUGGAGAGGAGGAUGGGGAAGUUUAUGAGGAAGUUUCAGUUACCUGAGAAUGCGGAUUUGGACAAGAUCUCUGCUACUUGUCAUGACGGUGUGUUGAAAGUGACUGUUCAGAAACUUCCUCCUCCUGAGCCUAAGAAACCAAAGACUAUACAAGUUCAAGUCGCUUGAGUUUGUUUGUGAUCGUGUUUUGUGUUUUAGUUCUCGUUUUAAUGAAUGUAAUCGGAGUGAGGCAAUCUAUACAUCUAUGUGUGUUUUUAGUUGUAAGAUGAAAUAAGAGUUUUUUGUUUUUGAUAAAAUAGAAGUUUUUUCUCUGUUUAUCUUUGUCUUUGUUCGAUCUUCAAAUCAAUGAAGUUUUUCUAA